GAUUGAAAAUUUAACACAGGAGAUAUAGAGGAGCUCCGACUCAAAACGAAAGUAAUUUUAAGGGCAUUUCUCGACUGACUGACGUCUGCUUUCAUUGUUCUGCCUGCUGUGUUUUCAGCUUCACUUAGAGACAAAUGUCUUCUCAUUUAGAAAAGGAUCUCUCCUGUCCGGUCUGCCAUGACAUCUUUAAAGAUCCUGUUGUUCUGUCAUGUAGCCACAGCUUCUGUAAAGCCUGUCUGCAGAGAUGGUGGAGAGAUAAACUAAUACACGAGUGUCCAGUUUGCAGGGAAAGGUCUUUGUUGAGUGAUCCACCGUGUAACCUGGCGUUAAAGAACCUGUGUGAGGCCUUCUUACUGGAGAGAGAUCAGAGAGCUUCAGCAGAGUUUGAGAUUCUCUGCAGUCUGCACUCUGAGAAACUCAAACUGUUCUGUCUGGACCAUCAGCAGCCAGUGUGUGUCAUCUGCAGAGAUUCAAAAACACACAACAACCACAGAUUCAGACCCAUCGAUGAAGCUGCACAGGAUCACAGAGAGGAGCUCCAGAAAUCCCUGAAACCCUUACAGGAGAAACUGAAGCUCUUUGAACAAGUUAAAGGAAACUGUGAUCAAACAGCAGAACACAUUAAGGUCCAGGCCCGAAACACAGAGAGGCAGAUUAAGGAGCAGUUUGAGAAGCUUCACCAGUUUCUACAAGAGGAAGAGGAGGCCAGGAUCGCUGCUGUGAGGGAGGAAGAGGAGCAGAAGAGUCAAACGAUGAAGGUAAAGACUGAGUCUCUGAGCAGAGAGAUAGCAGCUCUUUCAGACACAAUCAGAGCUACAGAGGAGGAGCUGAGAGCUGAAGACGUCUCAUUCCUGCUCAACUACAAGGCUGCAGUAGAAAGAGUCCAGCAGCGCCCCCUGCUGGAAGAUCCAGAGCUGGUCUCAGGAGCUCUGAUAGACGAGGCCAAACACCUGGGCAACCUGACCUUCAACAUCUGGAACAAGAUGAAGGAGAUGGUCUCCUACACUCCUGUGAUUCUGGAUCCAAACACUGCUCAUCCAGAACUCAUCCUGUCUGGAGAUCUGACCAGGGUGAGACUUGGAGAGAGACAGAAGCUUCCUGAAAACCCAGAGAGGUUUGAUUUCCACCACUGUGUCCUGGGCUCAGAGGGCUUUACUUCUGGGACUCACAGCUGGGAUGUUGAGGUCAGAAAUGACCAAUCAUGGGCCCUAGGUGUGAUGCAGGAAUCUGGCCAGAGGCAGGGAAAAAUACAGACUGGAUUCUGGGAAAUAGCUUUUUUCCUUAAGGAGAAAUACAUGGCAUUCUCUCCACCACUGUCAAAACGUCUCCCAGUGAAGAAGCUCCAGAGGAUCAGAGUCCAUCUGGACUUUGACAAAGGAAAGUUGUCAUUCUCUGAUCUUGAUACCAACACACACAUACACACCUUCACACACAAUUUCACUGAGAGACUGUUUCCUUAUAUUGACACCAACAAUAAAUUCCCACUGAAGAUAUUACCUGUUAAGUCUCUGUAAGAAUGGAACAGCACACAGUCUCAACAGGCUUGUUUCCAAACACAUGAGCUAAGCAUGUUUUAUAUUAUUUUCAGAUUAAGGAAGGUUACUCAGAUUUGUUGUUAAGCGGCAUGUCAAUAAUACUUUUCAUGUUCUAUGAAAUCUUUCUUCAAAUUUAAAAAAAUUUGCUUGUUACGUCCACAGGCUUUCAUUACAGCACAAACAUCUGUAAUGAAUGAAUAGAGGAGAAUCAGUGUUAGGAACAUGAGAAGCAUGUUGAAAUUCUGAGACUUAGUUUUGUCAAAACAUUUACUGAUUACGCUUAGGCUAAUGACAUCACAUUUUUCAUGGAUUUUGUUAAUCUUAUUGUUUUUCUUUUUCUAAUCUCUAAGAUGAUGAAAUGAUACUUGUGGAGGAGACAGCACUAUUAUAAUGCUGAGAUGAUGUUCCAAACUAAAUGUAUGUGUGUAGUAGAGCUCGCCAGAGAAUGAAUAUUUGCUGUUAAUAUUUGAGUUUUUAAAAAUCUGAUAAUAUAUUGGCAGACAUCAAAUUGUGUACAUAAAUACAUAAUAAACAUCGUGACUAAUCACACUCCUAAUGAGUAAUAUCAGUGUGCUGUCAAGCUCCUGUCUUUUUGAUGGAGGAGGAAUAAGACUCAUAAUGAGGAAUCAUUAUAUAUUCUUUGGCUUAUUUGUAGGCUAGCUUAUCAUUUUUAAUAAUUUUGCUUUAUACUUUUAAAUUAAUUCUGUGCUGGCUUCAUUUUGAACUCUAUAUAAGUUUCAAUGUGUGGCAAAGGGGACGAGUUUUGUAAAUGUAAACGGUACAUUAUUGAUUGUGUUAUGAUGAAGUGCUUUUAAUUAUCA